AUGCAGUACAUUUUUAUAUUAUUCACUAUUCGAAUAGUUUGGACUAAUGGUCAAUCAGGUAAUUUUCCUGAUUGCAAAUCAGGCCCAUUAUCAUCAUUUCCUAUUUGUAAUCAAUCAUUACCAUCUCGACAACGAGCUGCCGAUUUAAUAAGUCGUAUGACUAUAAUGGAAAAAAUCUCGUAUAUGAUUACGACAGCUGAUACCAUACCUCGUCUUGGUUUACCUAAGUAUGAAUGGUGGUCAGAAGCUCUUCAUGGUCUUGGUUAUUCUCCGGGUGUAGUUUUCGGUGGUGAUUUACCUGCGGCUACUUCAUUUCCUAUGCCAAUUAAUAUUGGUGCAACAUUCAAUAUGCGUCUCGUUCAUGAUAUAGCAAAUAUUAUUUCAACUGAAGCACGUGCUUUUAAUAAUGAAGGUCGAGCUGGUCUUACUUUCUUUACACCAAAUAUUAAUAUCUUUCGAGAUCCACGUUGGGGACGUGGACAGGAAACGCCUGGUGAAGAUCCAUUUCUAACAUCACAAUAUGUAUAUGCACUUAUCGAAGGUUUACAACGCGGCGAUGAUGAAAGAUAUUUAAAAAUAGCUGCCAAUUGUAAACAUUUUGACGCUUAUGAUUUAGAAAAUUGGAAUGGAACAAAUCGACACCAUUUUGAUGCUAAAGUAACUGAUCAAGAUUUAGUUGAAACAUAUUUACCGUCAUUUAAAACUUGCAUUCAAGAUGCACAAGUUGCUAGUAUUAUGUGCAGUUAUAAUUCAAUUAAUGGAAUACCAGCUUGUGCUCAUCAAUUUCUAUUAGAAACUAUUGCAAGAGAAUCAUUUCAUCUCAAUGGUUUUGUUGUAAGUGAUUGUGGAGCCAUUGGCAAUAUUUUAUAUACACAUCAUUAUACAUCAACAGUCGAAGAUACGGUCGCUGUUGCUUUACAUGCCGGUACAGAUCUUGAAUGUGGUGUUUUCUACUUAUUUCACUUAUAUGACGCAUUAAAUAGUAAAAAAAUAGUUGAAACUGACAUUGAUCAAUCAUUGAUGCGUACACUUGAUGUUCUUAUUCGUCUCGGUUGGUUUGAUCCACCAGAACAACAAAUCUAUCGACAGUUAAAUAAGAAUAAUGUUGACACAUUAGAAGCAAGGCAGUUAUCACUUAUAAGUGCACAAGAAAGUAUAGUAUUAUUGAAGAACGUCGAUCAAGCAUUACCGUUAAAUAUUAAUCUCUUGAAGAAUAAGAAAAUCGCAUUAAUUGGACCCACAGCAGAUGCAACAGUAACAAUGCAAGGAAUUUAUCAUGGACAAGCUCCAUUUCUAAUUGAUCCUGUGACAGGAUUUAAAAAUCUAACAGCAGGAAACUUUAUCAAUAUUGAGCAUGCACGUGGUUGUGAAAUAUCAAGUCAUAAUGAAAAAGAUUUUGCUGCUGCAAUUGAAUUAGCUCGAUCAUCUGAUAUUGUAUUUUUUUUCGGUGGAAUCGAUCAUACGAUUGAGCAUGAAGGAGUCGAUCGUAAAUCAAUUGAUUUACCAGAUAUUCAACUUACUUUAAUAAAACAACUCGAAAAAGUAGCUCGUUCACCACUUCAUGUUGUGAUUAUGUCAGGUGGUGGAGUUGAUUUAUCAUAUAUUAGAGAUUCAACACAAUGUGCUAGUCUUCUUUGGAUUGGUUAUCCAGGACAAUCGGGUGGACUUGGCGUAGCUACAGUUGUCUUUGGUCAAUACAAUCCAGCUGGCCGUUUACCAGUGACAAUUUAUCCAGCUUCGUAUGUUGAUGAAGUAAGUAUGUUUGAUAUGCAAAUGCGAUCAUCAGCGAAUAAUCCUGGUCGAACCUAUAAAUUUUAUACUGGUAAAGCUGUAUAUGAAUUUGGCUAUGGCUUAUCAUAUACUACAUUUAAUUAUACAUGGAAUAAUAAUACAAUUGUUUCUUUGUAUUCUAUUCAAUCUUUGAUUGAAAAUAAUCAUAAUUUUCUGCGUACAAUCAUUUCUUUAAUUCGCGUAAAUGUAACAAAUACUGGAAACAUGGCUGGCGAUGACGUUGUUCUAGCAUAUGUUGCACAACCAAAUACAAUCAAUAAUCAGACAGUACCUUUUAAACAAUUAUUUGGUUUUGAACGUAUUCAUUUAGCAAUAAAUGAAACAAAAGAAGUAUUUUUUCCUUUUACGAUUGAAGCUGCCUUAGCCGUCACACGUGA